AUGAAUUUUCAAACUCUUAUAAAAAAGAAAAGUAUGAAUUUGAGACCAUCUAGAACAGUUACUACAGAUACUUUUGGUAGAAGAUAUGAGAUUGUGAAUGGGGUAAAGAAAGAAUUAACACAAGGUUUACCAUUUGUUGUCGAUGAAAAGCCUGAUAUGCAUAUUGCUUGUAUUAUACAUGGUUUAUUUCUUAGUUCACAAGAUCCUGCUGUCAGUAUAGAAAUACUUAAGGAAUAUGACAUAAAACACAUUUUAAGUGUUGGUAUUAAUCUGAAUCUUAAAUUUAAUAACAUAGAAUAUUAUCACUGUGAGUUAUUAGAUUUGCCAGAAUCAGAUAUACUCUCACCAAUAAAAACAUGUAUUAAUAUAAUACACCAAAAUCGUCAUGAAAAUAUUCUUGUACAUUGUAAUGCAGGAGUGUCCCGCUCACCAACUAUUGUUAUUUCUUAUUUGAUGGCUUUAGAAAAUCUUUCAUAUGAUGAUGCAUACGAAAAAGUUAAAAGUAAAAGAAAUUGUAUCAAACCUAACAGUGGAUUUGUUCAACAAUUAAAAACAUUAAAUGUAUCAGAUUUACUCGAACAAGUUUAAAAUGUGAUAUUACAUAUUGGGAUAGAAAAGAAGAACUCCUGUGUAACAAUAAAUCAGUUAUGUAGUAUAUUCUUACAAUAAAAUUCACGUGUUUCGACAUUAUUUAUCUAUGUGUACAGAGAAUGUAAUAAUUACAAUUUUUAUAUUUAUAACUCAUUAGAAAAAGUAUAUUCAUGCACAGCUUCUAUCAAACUCUUAGCCAAACUAAGUAUGUUAAGAUUUGCUAAUUCUUGCUUUCUUAUAUUUAACCAUGCACUGGGAUGACAUAGGUCGCUAUACCAAGUAAGCUUAUAAAAAGUACUGUAAAUCUAAAAAAUAUAAGUGAAUUUCUGCAUACAUGAUACUUCUAUUAUCAUCUUUAUAAUAGUAGUAUUAUGUACUUAUGUGGUACCUGUUAUACAUUGAUUAUAUUUAUUAAUAUAGUUAUUAUCAAUAUAUGUCUCUCUCUCUCCCUCUGGCGCGCGAGAGCACGCGAGACUUUUUCCUAAUAUUCAAAUUCCUCUAACAAUUGAAAUGAGCUGUCUUGAAGAAAAUAGACAAGGCACUUGAACCGAAUAUUUUUUUCUUAGCUAGUUGGCCUCAGAAAUAGUAGAAUGCAGGUUUGCACAUGAUACAUUAAGUGAUGAAUAAAUAAAUAAAGUCUUCUAACGAAA